CAACUUACUUCCAGAUCUGGGAUCCUUGUAGACGGACCGAAGGGAUCCUCGAUCGGUUCAGCUUGGCAAACUACGUUGUCAGAAACGUCAGCUAUAAAGUCUUCGACAGCGCGAAUUCGGAUAGAUACCGGCUCUAUCAACUCCCAAAGCGACUUCUCUAAAAAGAAAACUAUGGAAGACGAGUGUGAUCGACUUCGUGCACUUCUGAGACUCUCUCCAGAGCCUAACAUGCCAGAUGGUCAUCAGGAUGCCGGCGUUCUGAUUUUGCUGGAUGGAGUGCCCGACAAUUAUCAGGUAUUCUUAUGUAUCCGUUCCGAAAAGCUACGGAGACAUCCAGGAGAAGUGUGUUUCCCCGGUGGGAUGCGUGACAAUGGAGAAAACAUGCAAGAGACUGCGAUUAGGGAAGCGGAAGAGGAAGUUGGCCUUGUACGUGACGACUUCAUCAUGCUGGGAAGUUUACCACCCUUCAGAGCCCGUUUUGGAGUGCUUAUUCACCCGACAGUGGCCUUAUUGAGACGCCCAUUCUUUCCUCGACCGAAUGCAGAUGAAGUGCAGGACACAUUCUGGAUGCCACUCGAGCGAUUUCUUGACGAUUCAGUACAUAUGUCUUUUGUAAUCGAUAACAAAUAUUCCAUACAUAGCUUUUCGUUUGAAGAGGCUCACACAUACGGAGUGACUGCUCUAAUGUGCAUAAUGACUGCUAUCGGAGUCUUACAGAGGAUGCCUCCGUUCCAACUCAUGCCUCAGUUCUCUCCCUCCGAUAUGGCGAAAUUGAAACCAUCUGAAGUGAUCUCUCUCGUAUGUGAAUUCGUUGGUCAAUCUCUCACUUCGCAGUCAAAACUCUGAUUCUUUCUUUUGUAUACAUGUACAGUAUAAACAAAGUUUGAAAUCCAAAUGGUCCAUAUCCGCUUCCUCUGGUCGCUUGUUUUUAGCGCCUUAAUCCUUACAGUAGUAUUCGUUACGUUACCAAGAUUAACAUUUAUCAAGGACUCUCCAUAACAUUUAUUUGAAAUCGUAGAUCUUGUUAAGCGUAGUUUGAAUGGUCUAUGUGUAUCCGUACAUAUUGGAUCGUAAUGACUUGGCUGCAAUCACAAUUACAUUGUCGAAAAUGCUAUAAGGUGAUGCACAAAAGUCCGG